UGUCACAUUCGGUGGACUGUGAGGGACUACCCUAAGCGCUCAGCAGGGAAAAAUAGCGUUUACAUGAAAUACACGAUAUCCUGAAAUCAUGACAGCAUCUGAAACUGUUGUGGAUCGAACUUAUCUACACUGAUCGCCAAACUGCGGAUUAUGCGAUAUUGUGUUGCGGCGUCCUUUCCUGUCAAACCGAGAGAAUGAUCCACGACCGCGAGUGUUCUUGAGCAAACAGGACACGGUACACUGUGGUUACAAGUGUCACUCCAAUGUGACAGCGUGUUAAUUUAAAACACACGAGAUUUGGUAAGUGUCCCUGUCGAGGAACUGACCCAAAAGUAGAAUAAGGUGUGGCUAUUUGUAAUCGACACGGUCACCGGCUAACGCGUAGAUGUCGAAUAGAUAAUUUAUUUAACUAAUUAGUCGGCUGCCGUGGAAUAGGCUUGCAGAGACGGAGAAACUACCCCAAUCCCGUACAGACAGGAGACGUCAUCAACAUUUCCCUGCAUUUAAAUGGUCGGAUCUGAGGAGGUCAUUGCCGAAAAGGGAAGAAAAUCGGUGUAGAAAAGAAACUGCAGGACAAAAAUUACAGUAGGGUUAAAGCAUAUUGGAUUAUAUAAAUGGGGGAUUACGGUUUUGGAGCCCUGGUUAAGAACAACAGUGCUAACAAAUCAGUUUUCCCCGUGAGAAUUCCCCCACACCUGCAACAUCCAGUUCACCACCAGACAGCCCCGCCGAGUCCCCCCGCGUUCAUCAACACCAGCACGGCUACCAAUGGUGGAAGUGCGGGGUCCGCUUGGCUCUUCCCUGUCGUGACGCCAACCCACACGAACAUGCAAGAUGAGAUUCUGGAGACAGAGAAGUCCAAGACGACGCAGCAGCAACAGCAGCAGCAACAGGAUAUACAAGAAAUUCAAGACAAGCAGCCCAUCUCCCCACCAUCAGGCCACCAAGACACAUCAGGAGGUAUCAUACCUGACCUCGACAGCGCCACCAUGCCAGAGGACAGCCAGCUGGGGGACAACAAGGGGGGCGUAGAGAACGGGAACGACAAGGAGGGCCUCCGCAUCGAGUCCCCGGUGCUGUCGGGCUUCGACUACCAGGAGACGACGGGGGGAGGCAUGGGGGGCACCAUGGUGCAGUCGGGGGGCAGCUCGUCCUCCUCCUCCUCCCUCACCGGCUUCAACAGCUGGUCCACUGCUAUCCCAUCCAACCCCUCGGCGUUGGUCAACGAGGAGGUGGGCUUCUUCGGCCCGGCCGGCGGCGGCGGCACCACCGGAAACGGCCCGCCGCCGCUCCUCUUCCAGAAUUUCUCGCACCACGCCAGCCCCAGUUUCGGCGGCAGCUUCUCGGCCCACCAGAUGGGCCCGCUGACCCAGCACCACCACCCGGCGGCGGCCGCGCCACACCCCCACUUCCAGCACCCCCACAGCCAGCCGGGAGGGCCGCCGGUCGGGCCGCAGCAGCACCGCCGCUCCCCGGCCAGCCCGCACGCGCCGCCGCACCCGCACCAGCCCUUCUCCCACCGCAACGCCACCUUCAACCAGCUGCCCCACCUGGGCAACAACCUCAACAAGCCCCCCUCCCCCUGGGGCAGCUACCAAAGCCCCUCCUCCACCCCCUCGUCCAGCUCCUGGAGCCCGGGCGGAGGGUACGGCGGCGGCGGUGGCGGUGGUGGGGGAGGCUGGGGAGGCUCGUCUCAGGGACGCGACUACCGCCAGAGGAUCCCGGGGGGCAUGAUGCCCCUCAACUCCAUCUCUCCGCUCAAGAAGUCCUUCCCCAACAACCAGACGUCCUUCCCCAACAACCAGAAGUACAACCGCAACAGCUCAGGCCCGUUCAACCCAAAGCCCUGGCUGGAGGACAACAUGAACAGGAGCGACAGCAUCUUCCCUUUCCAGCAGGAGCGCAGCCGAUCCUUUGAUGGCUUCAGCAUGCACUCUCUGGAGAACUCCCUGAUUGACAUUAUGAGGGCCGAACAGGAUUCCUUGAAAGGUCGUUUCGACUUCCCUCACCCAGGAGAUGGGUCCCUGCCAGUGAAUGCAAGGAAUUAUGGACGACGUCGAGGUCACUCAUCUUUGUUUCCCAUGGAAGACGACCGAGGUGGCUUUGGUGAGGAGGACCGAGGGGACGGCGUUGGUGGCUUGGGCUCUCCGCAUGGGUUCCCGCAUCAGAACGGGGAGCGCAUCGAGCGCUACUCCCGCAAAGUGUUUGUAGGGGGCCUGCCACCUGACAUCGACGAAGAUGAAAUUACUGCCAGCUUCCGUCGUUUUGGACACCUGUUUGUGGACUGGCCACACAAAGCUGAGAGCAAGUCUUACUUCCCACCCAAAGGCUACGCAUUCCUUCUGUUCCAAGAGGAGAGCUCUGUGCAAGCCUUGAUUGACGCGUGUAUUGAGGAAGAGGGCAAGCUCUACCUGUGUGUGUCCAGCCCCACCAUCAAAGACAAGCCGGUCCAAAUCCGGCCCUGGAACCUUAAUGACAGUGAUUUCGUCAUGGACGGUUCUCAACCCCUGGAUCCUCGUAAGACUAUCUUCGUGGGAGGUGUCCCUCGCCCUCUUCGUGCUGUUGAGCUGGCAAUGAUCAUGGAUCGGUUGUAUGGUGGCGUGUGCUACGCUGGGAUUGACACUGACCCCGAGCUGAAGUACCCUAAAGGGGCGGGACGCGUGGCCUUCUCCAAUCAGCAGAGCUACAUCGCCGCCAUCAGCGCUCGCUUUGUCCAAUUGCAGCACGGAGAGAUUGACAAACGGGUGGAAGUGAAGCCAUACGUGCUGGACGACCAGCUGUGCGACGAGUGUCAGGGCACGCGCUGCGGCGGCAAGUUCGCCCCCUUCUUCUGCGCCAACGUGACCUGCCUCCAGUACUACUGUGAAUACUGCUGGGCCGCCAUCCACUCACGGGCAGGACGAGAGUUCCACAAGCCCCUGGUCAAGGAGGGCGGAGACCGGCCCAGACACAUCUCCUUCCGCUGGAAUUGAUCCUAGUCCAGCUGGACAGAGGAGAGGAGAGGAGAGGAGGGGAGAGGGGAAUGGGUGGAACGGGAGUAGAGAGGCGGAGGGGUGGAGAUGAGGAUGGCCAGGUAGAUGGGUCGCCAUGCUAACUCGCAUACAUGCACUUUUUCCUUUUUGCUGGUUCCUUUUUUUAUUUUAAUUUUAAUUUAAUGAGGAAAAAAAAGAAUUAAAUCUUGUUUUUUUUCUGUUUUGAUUUUUUUUAAAGAAAAGAAAUACUCUAAGAUUUUAUUUUAUUUUAAGUUUUUAUUGUUAUUAUUUUUUUUCCCUGAGAUGUAAUAAAAGUGUGGAAAACGCUUCAAAAAAGAGAAAAAAAGAUAUAGCGUAAUCCUGUUGAUAAUUUAAGUUGGUUGCGCAUGAAAACUUGAAUGCAUUAGAUUUCUAUAUAUAUCUAUAUAAAAAGUAGAUGUUUCGCCUGACUCUCCUGUAGUUGACUUUUUGUCUUUCUCUUGCUUCAGUUGCUGAAGCCUUAACAGAUUUUAUUUUGUCAAGGUUCCUAUUCAGAAUAUUGAGUGUUUGACAACAUAAUGUGAGGGGGAGAGUGAGAUGCGAGCGAUCGGUGCACUUAACUUCUAUAACUUUGGUGUUAAGGUGUAAGAUCAGUUUCCACAGAGAUUAUUUCACAACUUUCUGGGCAAAGGUGACCACAACUCCACGCCUGUAAACAAAACAAAUCCUGAUCCAUAUUCUGAGGUCACACACACACACCCCCCACCCCACACACACGCACGUCUUUCACAGUCAAAUCCUCUUACAGCCUUGUUCUCUUUUUUCCCCCCCACCAUUUUAUUGUUUUUAUGCACUCUCACAUUUCAAAGGAUUUUCAUCCAAGGCUUACUGUAAAACUGGCACAUUCUCACACAAGCUUCGGUCACAAAAAGUUUUGGUUCACACUGUAAGGAAGGGCUGUUUUUCUAAUGUAGGUGGUUGUAGUUGUGGUGGUGGCACAGGUAGUGCAAGUCAGUCAGUCAGUCAAGACUUCAGUCGUUUCCCUAAACGUGUUUGCUACUGUUGAGAAAUACACCUGGACUACACUAUGCUUGCACAGAAGCAUGCGGGGGCUGGUGGAACUUUCCCAGUACGCCCCUUAGGCCUUGUGCAUUCCGAUGUCUUUGUACAGGGAAGCCGACGGGGGGUGACAAAGGGGUCAGUUAUCCCGGGCCCAGGGAGAGAGUGGGGCCAGAACUGGGUCCUCAUUACACUGCAUGUAUUAGGUGAGGGGGUGGCGGGGCUUCAGAUGACUUUGUCCCGGGCCAAAGCUGUCUAUAUACACUGUUCAAGGCAUUUAGUGAGCCAUUGAUGUUGUAACUUAAGCAUUGGAUAUGCCCCUAUUACUACUACUACUGCUACUACUACUACUUACUACUACUACUGUGUGGAGUUCACUGUCUAAUCGCUUAAAUCAGGAAUUUCAAAUGAAGAAAAUUUUCUCACCAGAGACUUCAACCAAAGAUGGGUUGCAGCCGUGUAAGGGAUGCCUUUUUUCCUGGGAGAUUCUUUUUUUUAAAGAAAAUACUUGCGUUAAUGAAAUUAAAAUUCAAGUUGUAAAAGUUGUCACUCUUCGGAGUUGAGAUAGGGGUACACCAAA